AUGGUCACCACUUUUCCAUCUUCCAUCAUUGUCCGAAGAUGUCUUCAUUGUUCCUCCCGCGGUCUCUUCCAUCAGGUACCAACAACAGAACAAGUGAAUGCUUUGUCCAAAGAAUUACGUAGUCGUGCCAUUAUCCCAGAUCAUGUGUAUAAAGCCAUCAAUGCAUUACCUAUAACAGCUCAUCCAAUGACUCAGUUUAUAACUAGUGUCAUGGCUCUUCAGGUACAAAGCGAAUUUGCAAAAGCUUAUGAGAAUGGAAUCCAUAAAUCCAAAUACUGGGAGCCGACAUUUGAGGACUCUCUUUCAUUGAUUGCUCAACUACCAGCUGUAGCUGCAUAUAUAUACCGUAGGAUAUAUAAAAAUGGAGAAGUUGUAUCAGCGGAUGACUCGUUAGAUUAUGGUGUAAAUUUUGCGCAUAUGCUUGGAUUUGAUAGUCCAGCCAUGCAAGAGCUUAUGAGGCUUUAUGUCACUAUCCAUUCUGACCAUGAAGGUGGAAAUGUUGCUCAUAUUGGAUAUCUUGUUGCUAGUGCUCUAUCAGAUCCAUACCUCUCAUUUGCUGCAGCAUUAAAUGGUCUAGCUGGACCCGGACACGAUUGA